AUGGAGUCCGGCGACAACGCCAAGUGCUCGGCCGACGUUGGCGAGGGCGCCUACUACAUGGCGGGCGUGGUGGCCAUCAACGCCAUCAUGGCCACGGUCCUCCUCCUCUCGGGCCUCUUCCACUCCCUGCUCCGCCGCCUCGGACAGCCUAGCAUCAUCUCCCACAUUCUGGCCGGCGUCGUUGUCGGCCCGACCUUCCUGGGGCGUGUCAUCGACCUACGCGCCAUGGGCAUGGAGGACGCCGGGACCGCUCUGGGCGACACCAUCUACUACCUCCGCAUCAUCUUCAUGUUCUUCAUCGGCCUUGAGAUGGACCUCCGCUACCUCCGCCACAACCUGCGUCGCUCCCUCCUGCUCGCCUGCGGCGGCUCAGCCAUCAGCCUCCUCCUCGCCGCCGUCGCCGGGCCAUUCUUCUACGGCCUGCUCCACCCCAUGGGGCAUGGGGAGUCGUUUCACCCGGCCAAGCUCUACGCCUCCACAGUGCUUUUCAUGCUCGUGCUGGCAAGCACGGCGUCGCCCGUGCUCAUCCGCAUCGUCACCGAGCUCAAGCUGACAGCGUCCGAGACGGGACAGCUCGCCAUCGGCGCUGCCUUCGCCACAGACAUCGCGUGCCUCACCACCAUCAGCAUGAUGGUCGUCAACCCGACCACCUUCGCCAAGGACGGCACGCCCAAGCCGCCCCGCGUACCCGGUGCCUCCGCGCCUGGGGUACAGCUCCUCGUCUUCCUAUGGAUGGCGCUCGUGGUGUGGGUUGCCGUGGCCGUGGCGGUCAGGGCGGCCAGGCUGCUGAACAGGGUCAAGCGCGGGCGGCGGUACAUCAGCAAGUACGAGCUCUGCGCAAUGCUCCUGCUCAUCGUCGGCCUCUCUCUGCUGGUGCAGUACCUGCGAUACAGCGCUUCCAUGGCCGCCUUCCUCAUCGGUCUCGCCAUGCCGCGUGAUGGGCCCAUGGCGCGCACCCUCAUCGACCGCCUCACCUACCCGGUGCACCAAAUCGUCAUGCCGCUCUGCUUCGGCGCCAUCGGCGCCAGGCUAGACUUCGCCGACGCCGGCCGAUUCACCGCCACCCAGCUGACGGCCGCCAUCGUGUUCACCACCGUCCUCAGCGCUGCCGGGAAGGUCGGUGGGACGGUGCUGGUCGGGCGCUGGCUAGGCAUCACGGCGCGGGAGGCGCUGGUGCUGGGGUUCCUCCUGAACGUGAAGGGGUACUCGGACAUCCUUGCCAUCAACUUCGGCGACAAGAGCGGGGUUUGGGGCGACACAGCACAGGUGGUGCUGCUCGUCUCCUCCAUCCUCAACACCUUCAUGGCGGGACCGGCGUCUGCCGCCAUCGUCCGGCAGCAGCGCCGCGCGUUCCAGUAUCGCUCGCAUUGCCUCCAGGACCUCAGGGUGGACCACGAGCUCCGGGUGCUGGUCUGCGUCCACGGCGCCGGCGGAGUCAACGCCAUGCUCACGGUCGCCGAGCUCUCCAAGGGUAGCGGCGCGCCGGUGGCCGUGUACCUGCUCCACCUCGUGGAACUCAUGGCAGCGCGCAAGUACGCCAUCACGCACCUGUACAAGGACGUGGGCGCCCGCCUCAAACUUAACGACGACGACCAGUGGGGGUAUGCUUGGGAGAUGGACCAGGUGGCGGCGGCCGUGCACAGCUUUGCGACGUACGAGGCGGCCGUGCCGGUGCGGCAGAUGACAGCAAUCUCGAAUCUGGCGUCCAUGGACGGCGACGUGCGCAACGGCGUGGAGGACGCGCGCGCCUCGCUUGUCAUCGUGCCCUACCACAAGGAGCAGCGGUACGACGGGCGCAUGGUAUCCAGACGCGACGGCCGGCGGCAGCUCAACCAGCGCAUCCUGCAGCGGGCGCCCUGCACCGUGGGGGUCCUCGUCGAGCGGCACCUCCCCAGCAUUAGCGUCGCCUCCUCGACGGCGCCUGCAGAAGCAGAUCGUCACGACGAGGAACAGAAGAGCACUGCUAAUGGUACAUCAUUAGCAGAGGAGCAGGCCGAGCAGGAGGCGGCAGUGGUGCACCACGUGGUGGCGGUGUUCCUGGGCGGUCCGGACGACAGGGAGGCGGUGGCGUACGCGACGCGUUUGGCGAUGCACCCGUCGGUGAGCGUGUCGGUGUCAAGGUUUCGGCUCAAUAAGCCGGACGACAACGAGAUGCAGACGGCGGUGGAUGUCACCGGCGACGAGCAAGAACAAGAAGAUGAGGAGUUCAUGGCGGAGGUGUACGCGAGAUUCGUGGCGCCGGGGCGGGUGUCGUACACGGAGACGUACGUGAGCAACGGGGUGGAGACGCUGAACGCGCUGAGCGGCAUGGCGGGGAUGUGCUCGCUGUUCGUGGUGGGCAGGGGCGGUGGCGGUUCAGGUGGCGCGGCCUGGACGACGAUGACGAGCGGCAUGGGCGGGCUGGACGACGAGGAGUGCCCGGAGUUGGGGCCCGUCGGGGAGCUGCUCGCCUCUGACGACUUCUUGGGCUGCUCGUCGUCAGUGCUGGUGCUCCAGCAGCACAAGCUGCACCAGAAGAUGAGGACGUGGAAGAAACAUUCUAUCGACGGCUGUAUGCCCGACCACGACAUCCUAAAUUAUUGA